ACUAAUUUUUGUUAUUAACAAAUUUGGAGAAUGAUUUAUUUUCUCCGGUAGUUUAGAACUUUAGGCGAGUUAAUCGCAUUUAAGCCACAAUGUUGUACAACGGCGUCACCUAACUAAACUGCCUGGAUUUGUGGACUGGUGCAAACUAUAACCUAAAACAUUACCGAUGAGUUUCUGUGUUUUCAAAGUCCGAUUUAUGCACUAAUCCAAAGGACACAUUUGUUCUAUCUCAGGUAACCUACCUCUGCCAAACACGCCAUAAUCACAAUUAAAAAUACAAGAGACAUAACCUUAAGCAACCGCAUACAGACAACUUCCAUUUCUUCUCAAAUUGAACAUUCUCUUUCCUCCAUAAAAAUAAUCAAGCUCAGUUAAUUAUUCCCACAGAAUCACAAAAUGGCAUUAUGCUUGAAGCCACCAAGGCUACACCACAGCAACAAUAACGAAGAUGACUCUGCAGUCUUCUUGGCGCCACCACCACUAAUAAAUCAAUUCAAAACUGCUUACAAACUUCACGUCAGAAACCUCUCCUAUACUCUGCACCAAAACAACACCACUUCCUUCUCAUUAUGUCAAAAGCCUAAGCCUGUGACAAUACUCAAGUCUGUGACUUUUGUUGCAAGGUGUUCAGAGAUAGUUGCGGUGGUGGGUCCCAGCGGCACAGGAAAGUCCACUCUUCUCCGGAUAAUCUCCGGGCGGGUGAAAGAAAAAGAUUUCGAUCCCAAGAGCAUAUCGAUCAAUGAGCAGCCAAUGACCAUGCCAGCACAAUUGAGGAAGCUUUGUGGAUUUGUGCCACAAGAGGACAACCUGCUUCCUCUUCUAAGCGUCAAAGAAACUCUUCUCUUCAGCGCCAAGUUCAGACUGAAGGAAAUGACACCAAAACAACGAGAAUUGCGUGUCGAAAGCUUGAUGCAAGACCUAGGCCUUUCCCACGUGGCAGAUAGUUUCGUUGGAAAUGAAGACAACAGAGGUAUAUCAGGUGGCGAGAGGAAAAGAGUUUCAAUUGGGGUUGACAUGAUUCACGACCCUCCAAUCUUGCUCUUAGAUGAACCAACAUCAGGCCUAGACAGUACUUCGGCAUUGCAAGUCAUAGAGCUUCUUUCUUCGUUGGUCAAAGCUAAGAAGAGGACAGUGGUUCUGUCAAUCCACCAACCCGGUUACAGAAUAUUGCGCUACAUUUCUAGGUUCUUGAUCCUCUCCAAUGGCUCAGUGGUUCACAACGGUAGCCUAGAUUCCCUUGAGGAAGCCAUUACCAAAUUGGGGUUUCAGAUUCCCAUGCAACUCAAUGCUUUGGAAUUCUCCAUGGAAAUCAUACGCACCUUACAAGAUUAUUCCGCUUCCAAAACCAAAACCACUGAGCUGGAAGAAAACGAGGCAUUAUUUCCAAACCCCAUGUACCCAGUGGAAGGAAACAGAGCUAUGAUGACAUUUUGUUAUGCAAACUUGGUUGAGAUAUGGUUCCUUUGCUCAAGAUUCUGGAAGAUUAUUUACAGGACAAAGCAAUUAUUCUUGGCAAGAACAAUGCAAGCAUUGGUUGGUGGAUUUGGGUUAGGAAGUGUUUACAUAAAAAUAAGGAAGGAUGAAGGAGGAGUAGCAGAAAGGUUAGGGUUAUUUGCAUUUAGCCUUAGUUUUUUGCUGUCUUCAACGGUUGAAGCGCUUCCAAUAUACCUUCAAGAAAGGCGUGUUGUGAUGAAAGAAGCGUCAAGGGGAGCCUAUAGAAUCUCCAAUUACAUGAUAGCCAACACUUUUGUGUUCCUUCCUUUCUUGUUUCUAGUUUCGAUAUUAUUUGCAGUUCCGGUUUAUUGGCUCGUAGGACUCAACCCUUCAAUCAGCGCCUUCGGAUUCUUCGCUUUAGUCGUGUGGUUCAUCGUCCUCAUGGCCAGUUCUCUGGUGCUCUUCUUGAGCGCGGUGUCACCUGAUUUCAUUUCCGGCAACUCUCUCAUUUGCACAGUCCUCGGAGCCUUCUUCCUCUUCUCUGGAUACUUCAUUCCCAAGGACAGCAUCCCAAAGUAUUGGCUUUUUAUGUAUUAUGUGUCACUCUAUAGGUACCCUUUGGAUGCACUCAUCACAAAUGAGUACUGGAAUAAGAGAAAUAAGUGCUUCUCAUUCUCAUCAUCAUCAUCAUCUUCUUCUUAUUCCAAGUGCUUGACUACUGGCUUUGAUGUGUUGAAGAGUAGAGGGCUUGAAAAGGAUGAGAGGUGGAUCAACGUGGGAAUAAUGUUUGGAUUCUUUCUCUUUUAUCGUCUGCUUUGUUGGCUUAUACUUGCACGAAAGGCCUCCAAGUCAAUUAUAUGAGAGACAUUAACGUAGGUGAAAACUCAGGUGCAGUCGACUUUACAUAAAGUUGAUAAACGAGGGCUGUUAGAUGAUUUGACCGAUUUGACUAAAUUUUCAUCUAAUCACUUUUAGUUAUCAAAUUCACGUGAAGUUGACUGUACCUAAUUUUCACCUUAAGAUUAUUAUUCUUCAUUUUAGUCGUCAUUCUUGCCGAACAAACAAACUAAAAAGUGUCUUCAAAAUUAAAAUACAGGCUUUAAUCAGAUGAUUUUCUCCACUCAGCAUUAAGAAAAGAAAAAGCUUAUGUGCAUGUGUGUCACAAAACAGGCUUUGUAUUUUAAUUUACAAGUCACUUUCGGAUUUUCCAUACGUUAUAGUUGUCCUGUUUCAAUUUGUCACUUGCAAUAUAUAAAGGA